AAAAAGAAAACUUGCAAAGAGUCACAACAACACAACCAAUAAACCCCAAUUUUUCUGCGUGGGUUUAUAAAUACACACACAAUACAUACAACCACGGCGGCGACGGCGAUAAUACAGCCAGCACGGUGUCGUUUAAAGCCUCUCGCACAUUCACACUGUGCUGCUGAUGGUGGAUGGUAGACAAACUGAAUGAACUAUAAGAAUUGCAGAUGGAUAUAACUAAUUCCAUUUUCAGUAUCCCUGUGCAAGAUCCAGAAGAUGAAGUUUUCUCGUCAAUAGACCUAAAUUGGACUAAAUUUGGAACUGCUGACCGGUAUGAUGAUGUAGCAGUUAUUCCCUAUAAACGCGUUGAUGCAUUUAUACUUGGAGAGUGUUCCAACGUAGAGUGCCCAACGCAGUUUCAUAUUGAGAGGGGAAGAAAACGUUCUGAAGGAAGCUUGCAAGAUAAGAAGUACAAGAAUGACGAAUACCUGGAAUAUAGAAUGUAUUGGUGUUCCUUUGGUCCAGAGAACUAUGGUGAAGGUGGGGAUAUAUUACCCAGUCGAAAAUAUCGACUUAACACUCGGAACCGUGCGCCUAGGCCGCAAUCCAUGCGGGGUUGUACAUGUCAUUUUGUAGUGAAGCGUCUGUAUGCACAACCAGAUUUUGCAGUAAUAUUAUACAAUGACAGGCGCCAUGUAAAUAAAUCUGGAUUCGUCUGUCAUGGGCCACUUGACAGAGAUGCAAUUGGACCUGGGGCUAAAAAGAUCCCAUAUAUAUGCAGUCAGAUUCAACAGCAAACUAUGUCAAUGAUUUAUCUUGGCAUUCCUGAGGCGAAUGUUUUGGAGAAGCACAUUGAGGGGAUUCAGAGGUACUGUGGUUCCAAUGCGAAUGUUGAUAGCCUUGCUUCACAGUAUGUUCAUAAACUUGGGAUGAUCAUUAAACGCUCCACACAUGAGUUGGAUCUUGAUGAUAAAGCUAGCGUUCGAUUAUGGGUUGAGCGUAACAAGAAAUCCGUAUUCGUUUACCAAGAUGCUUCAGAGAGUGAUCCUUUCAUCUUGGGGAUUCAAACUGAAUGGCAACUUCAACAAAUGAUACGUUUUGGGCAUCGCAGUCUAAUAGCAGCUGAUUCAACAUUUGGUAUUAAGAAACUUAAGUAUCCCCUGUGCACACUUCUUGUAUUUGAUUCACGACAACAUGCACUCCCUGUUGCAUGGAUCAUCACUCGUAGCAUUGCGAAGCCAGAUGUGUCUAAAUGGAUGAAAGCUCUAGUAGAUCGUGUUAUUGCUGUUGAGCCUGGAUGGAAGGUCAGUGGGUUCUUGAUUGAUGAUGCAGCAGCAGAGAUCGAUCCAAUAAGGGAGUCUUUUUCAUGUCCUGUGUUAUUUUCCCUCUGGCGUGUUCGUAGAUCAUGGUUGAGGAAUAUUGUUAAAAAGUGUAGUAAUAUAGAAAUUCAGCGAGAAAUUUUUAAACGCCUGGGACAGAUAGCAUACAGCAUUUGGAAUCGAGUGGAUUCUUUCGUUGCUCUAAAUAAAUUCACCCAAGAUUUUGUUGAUCAAACUGCUUUUAUGAAAUAUUUCACUGCCACCUGGGUUCCUAAAAUUGAAAUGUGGCUAAGUAUGAUGAAAAGCCUCCCACUUGCAAGCCAGGAGGCAUCAGGUGCUAUAGAAGCAUAUCAUGUGAAAUUAAAAGUCAGAUUGUAUGAUGAUACCCAUCUUGGCGCUUUCCAGCGGGUUGAUUGGUUGGUCCACAAGUUGACGACGGAAUUGCACUCGAGUUACUGGCUUGACCGAUAUGCAGAUGAAAGUGAUUCUUUUCAAAAUGUGAAGGAAGAAUAUGUAGCUUCUACCUCUUGGUAUCGUGCGAUGCAAAUUGCUGAUACUGCUGUUACCUUCGAUGAUAAGGAUCACAGGUUUGCAAAUGUUUUGAGCCAAAAAGAGGGCAGCACAAAACAUCUAGUCUGGAAUCCAGGGUCUGAAUUUGCAUUCUGCGACUGUGAGUGGUCGUUACAAGGCAAUCUUUGCAAGCACAUUAUCAAGGUGAAUAUGGUUUGUGAAAAAUAUCAAAGCUACAAGAACUCUAUGUCAUUUCAGUCAUUUAGGGAAAUCCUAGCAAAUCUCUAUAAAAAGCCAAUGGAUGGUUCGAUCUCUCUGGAUCUGUCAGUGGCCUGGACACAACAGAUGCUUGAUCAAAUACAAAAACUUGUUGAACUUAACAAUGCGAAUGAUAUUGGCAGUGUAGUAAAUAAUCUACCGUUGAAAUGGGUUGCUAAGAAAGGGAGAACAUUUACUGGCAAGCCACAUACCGCACUUACAUUGCCAUCUAAUACGAAGAAUGCACCCACACCUAAAAAGCAUCGGAAGAGAAAGAGGUUGUCGCGUUUAGGAUGACUUGUGAAAACAGCGGAUAGUUGAUCCUCAAGUAUAUCCAACUCUGUUUCAUAUCGGUUUACUAAAAUAAUAUGUCGUUCGUUCGGGUUCCAGUAUACGUUAUAAUCCUGCAUGCAUAAAGUAGGGGUUAGUUUCUACCAGCAGACAACGGGGCAGGUGUAGUGAUUCUACUCUUCCCUGUAGCUUCUAUCAUCUGGGUAUGGUUUUUACUUUUGUCUGCAGACUUUUGCUCUCACUUUUGUGUAAGAUUAAAGUCUCAAUGCCAAGUAUCUGUACUUAGGGAUGUUCUUUUUGAUCUCUAAAUCCAGGAAAACAAUGUAAAGAUAGACCCUUAUUAAGAUCAUUUUUUAAUAUUUUGCAUUUAUGAUAUAAGUAAACUAUCCUGAUCUUAUUGAGAUUCAUUCUGGGCAA